AUGAAUUUAAUAAUAUCAACUAUAAAUAAUGUUGACCAGACUAGAAAUCCAUCCAGUUUCAAUAUUAAUUAAAUGGUAAUGUGGAAUAUUUUAAUAGGCUUAACUUUAGGAAUCAGAAUUUUAGCCUAUUUGGCAUUUCAUUUAAUAUCCAGUCCACCUGAAACAUGUAAAUAAAUAACAAAUCUAAAUGACUUUUAUGAUUAUUAUAUAUUUAUUUUAAAUAUGAUUAAAAAAAAAUAAUUAGAAAGCUUUUUAUAGUAAGUACCUGAUUUUGAAGGCAAACCUAAUUGGAAUCUUGAAUAACAUAUGACACCACCUUCUUUUGCUACUGAAAUAAUCUAAUUAAUUCUAAAUGAAGAAUCUCUAGAAAAUUUAAUAUGUGCAGAUUUUGGAUGUGGAACUGGCAUGUUAACAGCUGGUUUAUUGUGUUGCAAUGUAGCUCAUGUUUUUGCUUAUGAAUUUGAUUAAAAAGUGGCUUAAGAUACUUUAUAAACUUUAUAAGAAAUGCAUGAUGGAGCAUUUGAUUUAAUUAUUACAAAUAUUAAGCAUCAUAAAUUUCCAUCUUAAAAAGUUGAUUUAAUAUUAAUGAAUCCUCCUUUUGGUACUAAAGAAAUCAAUAUUGACACAGUAUUUUUGCUUUAAGCAUUCUAACAUUCUAAAGGGAAUGUAUAUUCAAUACAUAAAUCUUCUACUAGAUAAUAUUUGGAGAAACUAGCCCUAGAAAAUAAAAGAACUUUCAAAGUACUUAAGGAAUUUUAAUUUCCUUUACCCAAAAAAUUUAUGAAAUAUCACAAAAAAGGUAUCAAGAAUAUUCUAUUUUAGAUCUUGCAUUUACAUAAGUUGAUUUCAUUAAGUUUGGCAUUUUAAAGUAAAAAGAAGAUAAAUAAGAAAUCUGA